AUGAUCGCGACCAACAUGAUCAAGGAUGUGCGAGUCCCUCUCAAGUCGGGUGGAGCAACUACAUGUCGAGGAUGUCAACAAGGGAAAAUGGUCCAAAAACCAUUUCCAAGCAACCGAGACAAGCGCAGCUACGAUACGUUUGAGCUACUUCAUCUGGACAUCUGCGGGCCCAUGGAAAAGGAUUCGCUCGGUGGCAGCAAAUAUUUGCUGCUGAUCAUCGACGAAGCCAGUGGAGGCAUGAAGGGCUUUUGUCUACGAGUGAAGUCCGAGAGUGAAGACUACAUCCGGAAAUAUAUCACCAUGGUACAGACGCAAUUCUGUAAGAAGGUCAAGUUCGUGCGACACGACGGAGCUCGCGAGUUUGCAACCAACUCGCUUCAACUGUUCUACGAAGACGAAGGCAUUGAACAGCAGACAACGGUGCCGUAUGCACAUCAAACAAACGGAACAGCAGAGCGUGCCAUUAGGACUAUUGUCACGAUCGGCCGCAGCAUGCUUCAUCAUGCCAAACUGGACAAGUGUUUCUGGGCCGAAGCAGCGAUGACGGCCAUCUACGUCAAGAAUCGACUGCCGUCACCUAAAGUCGUGCACAAGACCCCGUUUGAGAUCGUCUACAACUUGAAACCAAGCGUCAAGCACAUGCGAACAUUCGGGUGUCAGACAUACAUACUGACGCCUAAAGAGAAUCGACUCAAGUGGGAUCCAAAGGCUCGCGCUGGCAUAUUCGUGGGCUACGAAGAAGUUUCGAAGGCAUAUCGUGUUUAUGACAUCGAGGCGGGGCAGGUGGUUAUCAGCCGCGAUGUCAACUUCGACGAGUCCACCUUUGGACUUCAACUGCCGAUCACUGAUGAAGAUGUCGAUGACCUGGACUUCGAAUUGCUGGAUCUUGAUGACGAAGAGCUGCGUCAAAUGGAGUACAAGCAAACAGGCAAGCGCAAGAACCGACUCAAUGAUGAAGAUACAGCAGCUCCACGACCGCGUGCAGUGCGUCAACGACCAGGACUAGAAGAGUCAAGCGCGCCGGAAAACAACUCGUCACGACAAGAAGAAGACGAAGAAACGAAGGAUUCUGGUGAUUCAACACCGCCUGUGUUUUGGCGUGCGAGUGCAAAUGCCGUUGAAGCAGCAGUGGACUUAUCAGAACCCUCAACAUUUGAAGCAGCAGUAAGCGGCCCUGACCAAGUGCACUGGAGAAAAGCAAUUCAUGCAGAGCUCGAGUCAAUGCGACUUCGCGGUGUGUUUCGUGCAGCCAAGCUGCCCAACGGACAACGCGCCAUUGGCACAAAAUGGGUGUUCAAGAUCAAGCGCAAGGCGGAUGGGUCAAUCGAGAAGUACAAGGCACGACUUGUGGCCAAGGGUUUCCGCCAAAAGUAUGGCAUCGACUACACGGAGACGUUUUCGCCUGUGGUCAAGUAUGUGACGCUGCGAAUGGUGAUCGCAAUUUCCAAGCAUUUUGGAUGGCCCAUCGACCAGCUUGAUGUGGUGACAGCUUUCCUGUAUGGCGUCAUGAAGGAACAAGUGUUCUGCGUGAUUCCUGAAGGCGUCGAACUUGACAGUACGUUCGACUGCCUGGAAUUGGUGAAGUCAAUUUACGGCCUCAAGCAAGCGUCGCGAGUGUGGAACGAGACGUUCGACGAGUAUGUGUGCUCCAUCGGAUUUCAAGUAUCGGACUUCGACCCAUGUCUCUACAUCAAGACUUCGGACGGCCAUUGCGUGUUUAUACUGGUCUACGUGGACGACGUCUUGGUGACUGGAAGCUCGCUCGAGCUGAUUGCACAAACCAAGAACGACCUGAAGACGCGGUUCGAAAUGACGGACAGCGGCAAGUGUGCGUUUGUUCUUGGGAUCGAGCUUUUGGACGGUGAAGAUGGCAGUGUGACACUAUGUCAGCGUCGGUAUGUCGAUGAUAUCCUCAAGCGCUUUGGCAUGGAUGAUUGCAAGUCCAGUCGACAUGAGCUCUCGACUUGUUUCAAGUGA